AUGACCGACCGUAUUCAUCGCGAAGCAGAAAAGCAAGCUGUUUUAUGGCGUAAAGCAGCUGAUAUAGCAAAAUAUCAAGCUACACAAGAAUCUCAUCAUCGGACUCGUAAACAAAUACAAGAUGCUUCUGAAAAAUUAAAAGAAGUUUGUCGUCAAUCUCUCACCGAUGCAAAGAUCGCUCAAAGACGUUUGGAAGAAGCUGAGAGAAGAGUUGAAGAAGCUAGAUUGGAAUUACAGAGAAGGAAACAAGAGGCAAAGUUAUGUCAACAAGAAGCAAUGUUACGUGCUCAGGAAUAUGGAAGGUUGGUCAAGCUUGGGAAAGAGACGAAGAUUAUACGAUGA